ACUGAAUCCCGAAUAACAGCAGAUUCAAGUGAUAUAGAUAUGGAUGUGGAUUCUACAGAAUCAGAUCAGCUGUUCAACAAACUGAUGAUUUGGAUGAAAUCUUUGCACUUCACAUCUCUGAGCCUUGAUCCAAAGUGUCUGCGGAGUGGCCGUGCAUUUGGUGAAGUCUUGCAUGGAAUCGACCAAGAAUUUUUCAAUGAGACCUGGAUUGAAAAAGUCGCUCAAUAUGAUUCGGAUUCUAAUUGGAGGGUCAAAGCAAACAAUCUUCGUAAGUUGACGCGUAGUCUCGCUGAAUACUACGACGAACACAUACACAGAAUAGUGAAGGGAACACCGUUACUCGAUAUAGAUGAAAUGGAGUUUGCUGAAGCAGGCUCUAUAAGGGAAAUGUUAAAAAUGGCUGUGUUAAUUGUUGGAGCAGCUUUUCUGGGUAGGAAGCAGGAAAAGUUUGUCGCUGGUGUUACUAUCCUCGACCCCGACGUCCAGAGUGGUGUUGCGACUGCAAUACAAUCUAUAAUGGAUGGAUCAGAGAAAAGGGAAAUUCAGUCACCCGUUGUCAUCCCACCGGAAGAAGUUUUGCCAGACAUGAAACCCAAUGGUGGUGUUAGUUCAAGUAGCAGCGAAGAGUUGGGUGGUCGGAUAACACUCCUGGGUAAAGAGGUUAGUCUGAAAGGUUGUUUUUGGCAUGCUCUCACGAAAUUGAAUUAUUCGGUAUUUUCUAUGUCAUCAUGA